AUGAACAUACGAGUCGAAUUGCAGAACGACCAAUCCGGAGAAGUUUUUUCUAAAAAAUUGCUCAAUAUCGGUAAUGGCAAAAUACCUGUUGACUCAUCGUCUAGAUACAUCAUAUUUCCUACCAAUUUUUAUCGCUUUACUGAAACCAAGACCAAACUCACUGUGAAGGUUUUCCCAAAUAUAACUCAAAAUUACAAAGAUCAUGUAUGGUUGAGUGAAAGAGUUGUAUUGGUUGUAAAAAAAAAUGUUGAUGUCAAUGAAAUGAAUUUUCAGAUUCAGAAUAAGAUAGUAGGCGAAUUAAUGACAUACAUAUCGAUUGAUUCUGUUCCUAACCAAGAUGAUGUUGACAACUAUCCAACGGAGUUUUUAAAUUGGCUGGGAUUGCAUGGAUUACCACCUCAUAACACGCAAUUAAAAAUCGCAUCGGUAAUCAUUAUGUUGCGGAAUAUAAACCAGCCACGUUUUUGUAACGGCACCCGAUUUGCGGUGAGGAAAUCAAUGAACUACGUCAUCUAA